GUUUGACAAGUACAGUCCAUUUAACACUGGUGGGCGUGUUUUUCACCAAAAUAUGAUGGCAGGCUUGUUUCACUUGGCACAGCGCAGCGCCACUCCUAUAAAGACAUGGGCAACACUCAGGUUCAGGUAGGCUGGAAAAGUCCUCUUGUUUUUUAAAUAAUGUUCUCAAACAGUUCAUGAUUUACAAAAAAACAACCAAUACACGAUUUUAACAGCAAUGUAAUUAUGGGAAAUGAUUGUUGAUAAGGUCAGGGCAGAUAUCCUGUUCAUUCAUUACAUGUUCUGUGCAAUUAAACCAAAGUCUUUAAUGCAGAUUAAAAGAAUAAUGACCGGACAUAAACUCUUGUAAACCAGCCUGCAGAGGAACCCCUCUGCAACCUGGACCCCCACGAGGGUCUACCGGUGAUCCAGCUCUACGUGAUGCCGUCCUUCUUCCUGGCGGUGAUGAUCCUUGGGCUUCCCCUCAACCUGCUCUCCCUCUCGGUUUUCUUCCACCGGCUGCGCUGGACCCGCAGCACGGUGUUCCUCCUCAACCUGACCCUGGCUGACACCUCGUGGCUGCUGGCCUUGCCUUACCUCAUCAACUACCACCUGGACCAGCUGUACUGGAAGCUGGGGCAGCCGCUCUGCAUGGCUGUGAGGAUGUUCUACCACAACUACUUCUACCUCAGCAUCUUCUUUGUCACGUGCGUUAGCGUGGACCGGUACCUGGCCAUCGUGCACCCUCUGCGCUCUCUGGUGCUGCUGGGCCGGAGACAGACCGGCCUGCUGUGCGCGGCGGUCUGGGCGGCCUCGCUGAUCCUCAGCGCACCCGUCGUGGGUAUGAGUUGGAUCCAGACCUGCCCCGGGAGCAACCGCACCGUGUGCCCCCUGUACAUGCUGCUGAGUGAGACCGGGGAGAGCCUCCCUUAUUCCCUCUUCUGUUCCACGGUGGGCUUCCUCUUCCCGCUGCUCUCCAUCAGCUACUGCGGCCUGCGCAGCGUCAGAGAGCUGAGUCGGCGGCCGUGCUGCCGCGACCCGCUGGGCAAGAAGCGGCGGCUCCGGCGGGUGCUGAGCGCGGCGCUGGUCUUCUUCGCCCUGUUUUACCUGCCGUACCACCUGAUCCGUAACGCGGCCAUCGUGAUGCGCGCGGUCUAUCCUCACAGCCCCGCCUCCUGGCGGCGCGCAGACGUGGCCUUCGCCUUGGAGAUGUGCUUCUGCAGCCUCAUCACCUGCGUGAACCCGCUGUUCAGCUGCUUCAUCGGCCGCCAGUUCGGGAAGGAGUUUCAGGGAACUAUUGCCGUGCUGUUUUCACGGUGGCCGUGCACGCAGGUUGCCUCAAUGACAUCCAAACGGACCCGGAUGACGGGGAGGGGAAGGCCGCGGAUGUCUGCUGUCGCACCUGCGUGCGCACCUGGUACCCUCGCUGUUAAGAUAACUCGGUAAUGCUCUUUGAAAACUGUAUGGACAACCUCUGUACGUCCUUUGUGCAAUCACCUGUUUUGCUUUGAAUGGAUGAAUAUGAUAAAUACGAUGAAUGCAACAAAAGUCUCCUUUAUCUCAUUGAAUCUCAUAUCAGUUUGGUCUCUUUAAAUUCCCCACACAACACUGCCUCUCCGUGGUUGACUGCAUACUGUACUUUACGGUCUGGUUCCUUUGGAUGUGUGAAUAGUCUUUCUUUUAUGCAGCGAAAACACUCACACUUUAAUUGAAUGAAAAAAAGGAUUUGCACGAAUGGAUCGGUUUAACACCUUUUGCAGACGCAACAGAUCAAAGUAAAUCCGAGUCGUGACCGGAUGUCAGGGAGGGUUGUGUGUGUGUGUGUGUACGGGUGUGUGUGUGUGGGGGGGUACCAAUGCUUUGUGCUUGCUGCAGCAAGUGAUUCAGGAGUGUCCGGAGCUUAUCCUGACAUCAUUUUCAUUCAGUUACACAUAAAUGAAGGAGAGAGGUUAUGCAAGUGGCACCUGCCGCUGUUAACUGAUUUUUACGCAGUAAUUGAAUUAGAGGGAGAGGAGCGUUGGAGGG